AUGCUCACCCGGGUCAAGUCCGCCGUGGCCGGGUUCAUGGGUGGAAUCAUGUCCGGGGGCAGCUCCGGGGGAGGCGGGAAUCCUGGUUCCGAGAUGCCGCUGAAAUUCCCAUAUAUGAGACCCGAGUUCCUGGGGCUGUCCCCGGAUGAGAUCGAGUGCUCCGCGGACCACAUCGCUCGGCCCAUCCUCAUCCUGAAGGAAACCAGGAGAUUACCGUGGGCCACCGGAUACGCUGAGGUGAUUAAUGCUGGUAAGAGUGCGCUAAACGAGGACCAGGCCUGCUGCGAGGUGGUGGUGGCCAGAAAGAGGCCGAUGAGCUACUGCCCCCCCUCCACCCCCAGCAAGACCCCCACCGCCAAGAGACGCAACUCGCUGCCCAACGGAGAAGGCCUGGGGCUGCGAAUGGAGCACAGCAAACUGGGAGAGGACGGCGAGGGCCUCGUCUUCCACUACUGGGCGCUGUUCGACGGUCACGCCGGUUCGGGCGCCGCGGUCGUCGCCGCCCGCCUGCUGCAGCACCACAUCGCCUGCCAGCUUCAGGCCGUCAUAGAGAUCUUGCGCAACCUCGCCUGCCCCCCUCCCACCGUGCUUGGAGAGGAGCCCGACGUGAACCCCUUCCUCCAGGGAAACACCCCCGGCCCUCACCGAGCCCUGACCCGGGCCGCCUCCCUGCGAGGGGCCGCCGGCGCCCCGGGCUCCCCCUGCAGCACCCCGCCGCCGCCUCGCUUCUUCACCGAGAAGAAGAUCCAGCACGAGAGCCUGGUGAUCGGAGCCAUAGAGAACGCCUUCAAGGAGAUGGAUGCCCAGAUUGAACGGGAGAAGCAAGUUUACAACAUCACAGGAGGCUGCACGGCCCUCACCGUGGUCUACCUGCUCGGAAAACUAUACGUCGGGAACGCAGGUGACAGCAGGGCUAUCAUUAUCAGAAACAAUGACAUCAUUCCCGUGUCAACAGAGUUCACGCCAGAGUCAGAGCGACAGCGUCUCCAAUUCCUGGGCUUCAUGCAGCCUCACCUGUUGGGGAAUGAGUUCACGCACCUGGAAUUCCCCCGGAGAGUUCAGAGGAAGGAGGUGGGCAAGAGGAUGCUCUACAGGGACUUCACCAUGAACGGAUG